CCUCCCUGGGGGAGGGGCGGGUCCGUGGGCGGGUCCCAGGGGCAGCCAGGCCCUGGGCGCAGCCUGAGGAGAGAAGUGCCCCAGGUUCUCUGGGGCGCACAAAAGCGCAGGCGCAGCGGGUUGGGUGGCAGCAGGAUCGAGUAGCAGCCGCUUUGGCAGCAGCAUCCGCAACAGGUGUAGACAAGGUCCCGCCUGACUCUGCCCUGGAAAGUCCUUUUGAAGAAAUGGCCCUGGUGAGGGGCGGCUGGCUGUGGAGACAGAGCUCCAUCCUCCGCCGCUGGAAGCGGAACUGGUUCGCCCUGUGGCUGGACGGGACCCUGGGCUACUAUCACGAUGAGACAGCACAGGACGAGGAGGACCGUGUGCUCAUCCACUUCAACGUCCGCGACAUAAAGAUCGGCCAAGAGUGCCACGAUGUGCAGCCCCCAGAGGGCCAGAGCCGAGAUGGCCUGCUGACCGUGAACCUACGGGAAGGUUCCCGCCUGCACCUGUGUGCAGAAACCCGGGAUGAUGCUGUAGCGUGGAAGACGGCACUGCUGGAGGCAAACUCCACCCCGGUGCGCGUCUACAGCCCGUACCAGGACUACUACGAGGUGGUGCCCUCCAAUGCACACGAGGCCACAUAUGUCCGCGGCUACUAUGGACCGCCCUAUGCAGGCCCUGGCGUGACGCACGUGAUAGUGCGAGAGGAUCCCUGCUACAGCUCGGGCGCCCCGCUGGCCAUGGGCAUGCUCGCAGGAGCCGCCACUGGUGCGGCGCUCGGCUCGCUCAUGUGGUCGCCUUGCUGGUUCUGAGCCCUGGGACUCGGAACACUGGACCCUGCGCGUAGACUGCUAGAACCCUCUUUCUCCUGGACCCCACCCUUCACCCUCCAAGCCCUGUCCCACUUUGGCCCUUUCCUCUCCAUUAAAUCCUUCCGAGCUUGAACUAUCCCUCCCACUCCCUCCCUCACCCCCCACAUCGGAAGAAGCUAUGAUCCCAGGCACAAACAUGGGUCGAAAUCUUCACAUCUACCGCUAGACACCCCAGAAAUCUGAUAAAGACACCUAUAGAUAAAUUUCCUCCAAACACACUAGGACACAGCAAACACAACGUCAUUUGGUCUCAAGAGUUCCACGGCGCUGGAGACACAUGAGUUGGGCUGUCUGCCCUGUCCUGGGGAACUCCAGGCCUGGUGGGGAACACAAAAGUAAACAAACACUUAACAAAACUGCAGAGUUAUCAGUCCUUUGACAAGGACACGUGGGGGCAGGAAAUGAGGCAGGUAGACUGGGGUUAUGGUUAUUGGCAAGUAUACAGAGCCGUGAAUGUCAUGGCACAUCCAAGAAAUUAAGGGAGAGUUCAUUUGAGUUGGGUGAAGGCAGGGAUCAUAUGGUGAGCCUCUAGGCUAAGGACUUGCUGGGUAAAGGGGAGAUGUGAGCUUUCUAUGGAGGGAAGUUUCAUGAUUGCGCCUAUAAUGAAUAUAUUGCCUGUUUUAAUACUAACACAUGCCCAUACCCAAAACACCCCUGAGUAUAGCCCCAUCCUUCCCACCAGCAGCUUCCUUGGUCCCCUGUUACCCAUGACAAUUGAGCUGAACCUGGGGGCCUCUGGUUGGGGGACAGGUGAGUUGUGUUUGGCACCUCCAGCCCUAGGAAGUUGCCUCCAUCAGGAAAUGCCUUUCUGAUCCCAGGAGCUCGGCCCUCUGUUCCUAGUUGUGACUGUCACCAUCUCAGGCUUUGUCUCUUCAUCUAGGGAAGAUGGCAGUGUUCCCUUCUGGGGCCUGAUCUAUCCUUGUGCUAGCCUGGGAAGCCCCACAUAUGCCUGCCUUCAGGUGGCCAUGCAGUCUCCCUGUUUGGUCGUCUUCCAGUCUCUUCCCUCAUCCUGUCCCAAUCACCAGUAGAAAUGCUAACAUCAUUACCCAGCAGCCAGAGUAGCCCACUAAAUUUCCCCUGUAGACGGGGGCUCCGUUGGUUCUACUGCAGAGACUAAUAAAAGUGCAGUUGGCUCUCGC